CUCCUGCCCCGCGGAGGCUCGACCCGGGAGCGGGCCGCCCGAAACGGGCCGAACCGCGAGCCCCACUCCACCGGGCAGAGGAAGCAAGGGAAUCUCAGAUUGGGCCGACUUCGAGCCUCACCACCCGCAGCGGCGCUCGCAGUUUCCACGACCCUCGGAGCUCGGCUGCAACUGAACCCUCACCGCCAGCUGGGGAUUGGGGGCCUCACCCAAAUCCACGCUUCGCUACCUGGAGCUCCGGGAAACAUCUGGGCCUGUCAUUUGAGAGAACUAGCGGAGACAUAACUUCGAUGUUCACCUUCGAGCUAUGAAAGUUUCAAAGCGGCUGGGGCUCAGGAGGGAGGCCCUGAUUGGGAGAGCCUACAACUGACGUUUAGAGAGGGGAGGAGCCUUAGAAGACUGAAGAGAAGCUGCAGGCAAGAGGCGGGAGAAGAGUUCAGUACCGUGGUGCCCGAGUCCUGUGCUGCGGAGUCAUCUGGCCGCUGAGGUCAAGGUGAAUUUAGACCACAGCCAGGGAUGUUCACUGGGAUCCUGGAAGAGAGGUCAGGAAUGGAGGACCCUCGGUGCCCACUACUUCUCUCCCCCUCUCUGUACAGCCCGGACCAUGGGCAACUCGCAGGAGCGGCCUUCGGAGACCAUUGACCGUGAGCGGAAACGCCUGGUGGAAACGCUGCAGGCGGACUCGGGACUACUGCUGGACGCGCUGGUAGCACGGGGAGUGCUCACCGGGCCGGAGUAUGAGGCACUGGAUGCACUGCCUGAUGCUGAGCGCAGGGUGCGCCGCCUGCUGCUGGUGGUGCAGAGCAAAGGCGAGGCCGCCUGCCAGGAGCUGCUGCGUUGCGCCCAGCAAACCUUGCGCGCGCCAGACCCAGCCUGGGACUGGCAGCACGUGGGCCCUGGCUACCGGGACCGCAGCUAUGACCCUCCAUGCCCAGGCCACUGGACGCCCGAGGCACCCAGUUCCGGGACAGUGUGUCCCGGGCUGCCCAGAGUUUCAGAUCACUAUGAGGCAGGAGGUCCUGAGGGCUCUGAAGCAGUGCAAUCCGGAACUCCAGAGGAGCCAGAGCCAGAGCAGGAAGCUGAGGCCUCUGAAGGGGCUGAGCCAGAACCAGAACCCCAAAUGGAUCCAGAACCAGAGCCGGAGGAAGAUCCAGAACCAGAGCCGGAGGCAGAUCCAGAACCAGAGCCUGAGCCUGAGCCUGACUUCCAGGAGGGGGAUGAGUCUGAAGAUUCCUGAAGGCCAGAAUACUGACCUGACGUUUCCUGCCCAAGCCCAAAUAAGAUAGAACCUGGGAUUAUGCUGGAGCUGGAUCCAGUGCCACCAAAGCUCCAUCAUCUUAUGUCUUAUUGGAAGUGAAUAAACUCCAGCUAACCUAGGCA